GAUUUCUCGCGAGAGAAAUCUCAGUAAACAACUCGUGGUAAACAAUCUUCAACAGUUUAAAACAACUGCUUAACCGAAAUAGUAAGACCAUUUUCAGAUGACAAGGUGAGCUUUCAAAAGUGUUUGGACAAAUUCUCCAUCGGAAUUACACCAGGAGAGAGAAGAAAACGCUAGAAAACAACCGCCCUCCUUCAUUUUAAUAUCAGUUAAUGCAUAACUUCAUAAUUACCGUCCAAGCUCUUGGCUAACCCAGGUUUGCUCUUCAAAUGACCUUUGAAACACUCAAUAAACGAUGGAAAUCACAAGAGUAACACAGUUUCAGGCAAGAGUCAGUUCACAGUGUUAUUUUGCUCCUUCACACAAACAUGAGAGCUAAUUUUGGAGGGAUUUUUCUCCUCUGUGGAUUACUGCUCGCUUGCGCAUCUGUAAUAGCUGGUAAGUCAGCCUUUAUAAUUAUUUAACCGAGCACGGUUUGAAUAGGUUUUCUAAAAUAAACUGACAAAUAUAGAGUUUUUAGUUGUCCAAGUUUCAAGUUACUUUAACUAAUUAGGGAAAAUCAAGCCUCAUUUUUGAUAAAGCCUGUAGUUUACUUGCCUCUGUGUUUUGUAGGGCUGUCAUGCAGAGGGAGGUGUGGAGACAUCAUGGAGAAGUGCUCCUGCCACACAACCUGUGUGUCUUUGCAGACCUGCUGUGCAGACUACAACCAGUCCUGUCUGCAGGUUUCCCCUUACUCCAGCUCCAUGCUGGGUGGGAGAGCACUCAGGAUUCUUAGUUUGGUCCUUAAUCCUGGUGGGCGGCUUUUCUGCAGGUUUGGGAGAUGUAUAAAACAUGUUUAGUAUGCAGUUCACAUUUUUUCUUGACAAAGACAUGAAGGGUUAGAGCUGCACAAUAAAGUAUUUUUGCUAGUACCCAAUAUGCUGAUAUUUUUAAACUCAUUUUGGCUAAUACUUACAGUAAUCACCUUUUUUAUGGUCCAGAAUGUACCUGUUACUCUGACCAUUAGAAUCUAUUCAUAUCAGAAAUAAACAUUUAACUCCACCGUAAAUUAUUGGAGAAAUGUGAGCAUAAGCUGUCAUUAUGUGACAUAACUUGGUGUGCCACCUUAUUGGCCUCACACUUCAGAAAAAUUUUGAUCCGACACAGUGCCAACAACGUCAUGCAUCACUGAACAAACCAAAUCAAAGUCAUAGGAAGAGCAAAGCUGAAGGAGCACUUUUGUAAGAUUCAAAGAACAAAACAUGCCAGAAUGGACUUUUCUCUGUGACCAAGAGAUGCAUAACAAGUUAAUGUUUGAUGGUGCAUCAAUAUGAUUGAUUCAGCUGAUUAGAAGAAAAGAAAAUGACUCAAAAAUCUCCAUGUGUUGAAAAUGGAAACAUGUGGCUUAUUUAUGAAAAAGAAUAAGCUGUCUUUGUCAGUCAAUAUUUUACUUUGAGUUAUUGUGGCAUGAAUAGAAUUUCAUGAUUGAAAGGAUAAGCCAUUAUUCCUGAUAUUACCUCUUCAUGAUGAGUCUUAGUCAGUGACUCACAAAGAAAUAGUGUUAGCUGGCAAAAGAAGGUUAAAAAAAAUCAGAUUGUCUGCUUUGUUCUGCAGGUUUAAAGGGGAGAUUGACCGUGAAGGUUUUAUUGAUGCUGAAGGCCAUGCCUACUGUAUCUCUCCUUUAUUGUAUGAAAAGGGUUGGAUUUCAUUCAAUGUUUCAACAGAUGGAAUAAAUUUCGACAGAUCUGGAGAGUAUUUGUCAGGUAAGUUGCUGUAAUAUGUCUGAACUGCACUGAUUUUUUAGUGAAGAUGAGAAAUUAUUAAAAAUAUCACAUAAAGAAUACCUUCUGUGAAGCUAGUAUUUAAGCCUCUCAUCUUGCAUUUGAUACCAAAAUAAAAAUGUAGUAUGACACCAUCAAUAAGAGAUCAAUGUACCAGGAAGUACUUUGAAACUUCUUGCCCGUGAUUUUUCAUUUACGAUUCAUGCAACAAAUCCUUAGGAAGUAGUCAUUUUUUAAGGUGAUCUCUCCGUCGCAAAACAUUUGUCCCUCUACCUUUUUAAAUCUUUCAUAAUCUGGAUCUAUAGUUUAUGUGCACUUCUACCCUUUUGUUCUAAAACUGGAGCCAGUAUGCAAAGGUCUCUUUAGCCUGCAACCUUUCCUGUGGCCAGCAGGGGGCAACCCCUUCAAAUCUAUCAGAAAACUGCCUCACGACUCCAUCUGAGGAGUAGCUGCAGUAACUCAGUUGCAGUACUUGCUCGUCAAAACUGUCCACCAGUAUAGAGGAUUUGAAGUGUGUAUUAAGUGGUCCAAAUGUGGUCCCCUUUGGCUUAAAGGAGAGAUGUGUGAAAGGUUCAUUGUAAGUGUUAAACACAAGGUUUAGAAAAGAGCACACAAACCAAAGUUGAAACCACUGUUGCUGGAUUUACUUCUUAUGCAUGGUCCAUACUUUGUAUCAGCAGAUCUCCAGUAACAUUAUAACUGCAUGUCCUUGUAAUGUUUUCUGUUUACUGUUUUCACUGUGUUAGUCCAUCCCAGUAAAGCAGACCCUGCCCAUGAGGUCACCCUAGUGAACACAACACAGUGGCAGAACUACGGGACCCCAAGCACGGCUGGGCGGCUUAAGAUGACGUGGAACAGCUCUUUGAUUGCAGCAGAAAAAGUGAACAUAGAACUGUGGGGUUACAGGGAGUCCAGCAGGAGCACAGAAGCAGGAGUGGAUGGACCUCUGUCUCUACAGGCCGAGCUGGGCUACCUGUACUCUUUGGGCAGGAAUCAGCCCAACACUGGUGCCUUCAGCUUCAUACCAGAGCCCUCGCAGGACUACUUUAAGUGGGAGCUUGGAAACAUCCGUAUCACUGCUAGCUCCAAAUCAGAUGGCGAGAGGUAUCUUGGAUACACUUUUAUGUAUCAUUACACUUAUAAUAUGCUUGGACUAUUAUUAGAUUCACUGUUAGAUCUUAGAGAUGGUCAAAACCACAGGGCAAAAGUGGAAAAACAAGAUUGACUCUGUUUUAAAGAUCUUUUGAAACUGUUAGAAUCAAGUAUUACAAAUCCAAUGUUGUCACUUAUAUGAUGGAGAUAUUAUCAAAAUGUACUAUGUACACUACUAAUAUUAAUAUCCUAAUACCUUAAUAUUCAGUGAGCAUGACAGAAGGAGCAAAGCAAAGCUGUCACCCCUUGCUGAUAAGAAAAAUCUGAAUUUUCAUUAUCAUGCUCUGACAGUUUAACAGGUAGAGAUAAAUUUCGAGCCUCUCAUUUUAACACUUUUAUCAACCUCAUAUUUCAGGGGACAACAUGUCAAGCCUUCAAAAUAAUAAGCCUUCCAAAUGUUGUUUUUGUAUGCAGAGAUGUGCAGUGUCUCUGGAGUGGAGGCCAUGUGUUAGCUUGGCACCUGGAGCAGGCUUUCAGAGAUGACUCUGCUGCCUGGGCCGAGAGCAAGUGUCUGCAGUGGGGCGAGGCAGAGGAGAAACUGCCUAACUUCCUGGAAGAACUCAUUGACUGUCCUUGUACUCUGGCUCAGGCUCGAGCUGACACGGGCAGGUUUCAUGUGAGUGCCCUUUACCGUGUGAACCAGGCAUAUUUCACAUAAUAAGUGCGCAGGAUUUUAGCUUUAUGCCGCUUUAGUUUAGAGGUACAAGGCGAGUCUAAGGUCACAUUCACACUGGGGCUGUUUUGUCCACUUUACAUAAACUCUGGACUGUUUCCUCAGAUCAUCUCAGACAUUUGGUGUAAUAUGAAAGCUCAUACGACUCUGGUGCAGACCAAACCUGUGAAAUCAAGACCUAACUCUAUAACUGUGUAACCAUGGCAAUGUGGUGUAGUCUCUCCCUCCCCCUCCUUCCUCUUCAGUACUGAUUCGCUCAUGUCAGGUAAAAACAACAUGUUCUGAAAUAUAUUAUUUUAUGAACAAAGCAAAAGUAGAAGCCCCCAAGACAGCUUAAAUUCAAUGUUACUCCAUUGUUAUUAGGUCAAUAAGUCUAAGAAAGGGGAUGGAUAAAUGAGCCACUAACUUUAUUUUCUUUGUCCCUUAUUUGUUAGCGUUUGCAGAGGACAAUGCACCGCAAACAAGCAGUAGUUAAUAUAGUGUUUUUUUUUUUUGUUUGUUUCAAGUAGGAUGUCACUGGCUUGUUUAACAAAGUCUGCCUUUGGAUUUCAUGGGUAACGUGUGCUUUAGCAAUUCAGCUAAUAUUGUCAUGACUGUUUUGAAAGCAGUCAUGUGUCUGUAAAAUACAUGAAUAAACAAAACAAAAUAGACUAAAAUCCCAUGUGAGACCAAAUAAUGUAGCAAACAGGUAUGCAUGGCAUCUCAUAUGGAAGAAAGCAUAUUUCUAGGUCAGUUUUCUGCCUCUCCAAAGCUGCACCUGUUCUACAAAAUAAGAACCUCGUCACAUGCUAAUGACGUUAAUCAGACUGAAAUUGCACCAGAUUGAAUUUCUAAUUCUGUUAUUCUCUAAAAUUAAUAGUUGGAAUGUAUUUAAUGUUUCGAAUUUUUCUUUGACAUUAAAACAACUACAGGGAAUCUGUGUGAAUAGUUAACUCAUAUUUCCGCACACUGGGACCAGUAACAAUGACAAGUUAGUUUUAAGAAGAAGGUAAAAGCAAAAGCACAGUGGUUGCUCUGUGGGAGCAUCCUGAGAUAUAUAAACACACUGUCAUUGAAGCUCCGCAUUUAUGUUUGAUGUAAUUAUGUCUGUAAUCUGAGCCCUGCCUUAUUUACUGACAUACUCCAUGUCUCUAUUUAACAACUGCCCAAUUAUUACUGCUUUUAUGGAGACUGAUUUCCUGUCUCUGCUAUUUCAGACUGACUACAGCUGUGACAUUGAGAGGGGCAGUGUGUGCACUUUUCACCCGGGGUGUGUCCACUGUGUCAGAGCAAUUCAGGCCAGGUAGGAAGGACAGCAGGACAGAUCAGUUUUUAACCUGUUUCAAAGUGAAGACUCAUAAACAUUUGUCUUUAUGUCUUUGACUUGUUUUUAUAUCCAUGACUUUAGCCCCACUCAUGGCUCAGGGCAGCAGUGCUGCUAUGACAGCACAGGCAAUCUGGUCUUGACGGGAGACUCGAUGGGUGGCAGCACCCCAGACAGGGCACACGACUGGGGCUCCCCUCCGUACAGGGAGCCACCACGGGUACCGGGGUACUCCCACUGGCUUUAUGAUGUCAUGAGUUUCUUCUACUGCUGCCUGUGGUCCGACCACUGCGACAUCUACCUCAGCCAUCGACCUUCUAGCGGGUGUCGCAACUACCAGCCCCCAAGAGCAGGUGAGCCCACCCACGAGUCAAAUACAGUGUUUAAAUAAACGUGGUUGUGAUGCUUGAGACCACCUCAAUGUGCCGAACAGAUAUCAUAAAAGAAAUCUAAUCUAACAACCAAGCUCAGAGUCAUAGAGCAGCAGUGGUGACUACCUUAUAAAGACCUGAUUUACCAAGUACUGUAAAUCUGAUGUAUCAUGUCCUGCUCAGAUCUUCAAGGUUAUCCGUCAACAUUAAAGGUACAGUCUGUAGAAAUGGGGGAACUUGGCAGAAUGUAGUGACCUGAUUCUAGAUUUAAAACUCCUUUGUUCACCCCUCCUGUCUGUGAUGUGAUGGUGGUCUUAAAAACAGGAAGUUCCUGUGAUGCAUUAUACGUUUGAAUCAAUUUUUUUUCCUCUUAAACUCUAACAUGCAAACGUGAUUUGUGGUUAAAAUAAGUAUUUUUGAGUAAGAAACAUGCAUGUUUUUGGUACUUCCCUCUUUGAUAGUUUUUCUGCAUGACACUGAUACUGUAGCACAACACUUAUCUUGCCAGAUUGGGAUACAAAUCAUGUUGAUUCAUUUACUUUUUGUUUUCUUUUUGCUCUUUUUUGAAUAGAGCAGCUAAAAAAGAGGCAGAUUAUGUGAGGAGCAGAGAGUGCAGCUAAAGGUAAUAGCUUGGAGUUUAGACGGAGAUCAAUGCAAUGAGGACUGCUGACUCCAUAUGGGGUCAAACUGCCAGUAUUAACUAGUGUCUCUGCCUUGAGGCAAAACUGACUCUAGGAAAACAUCAAAAGCUGAAAGAAACAGAGUUCAAACAUAUGUGUGUGUGUGUGUGUGUGUGUGUGUGUGUGUGUGUGUGUGUGUGUGUGUGUGUGUGUGUGUGUGUGUGUGUGUGUGUGUGUGUGUGUGUGUUUGUUUAUUUAAGCUUCUGUGUGGCUGCACACACAAACUCUACUCUGUAGGAGCAGGUGACACAAGAUCAAUUUGUAGGAUGAACAGAAGUAAAUGAAUUACAGACCGUGGCUGAGAGUGACGCUGUUGGAAUAUAUAAGAUCAACACUUCACCCCCUGAUCUCAAGAGACUAGAAACACAACUGCAAUCCUCAUUCAGAUUUCUCAAAAAUCAAUGUUCAGAUGAAUUAGAUAUCAGCACAAAUGUGUUUGUGUCCAAAUGGCGUUGGAUGUAAACUCAUCAGAGUUUUGUUUCUUGUUGUCUCGCAGGUGUUGUCCUCGGGGAUCCACAUUUCAUAACAUUUGAUGGGCUCGGCUACACCUUUAACGGUAAAGGAGAGUUUCAGCUCAUGUCCUCGCCAGACAGAGAGCUGAAUAUCCAGGCCAGAACUGAGCCGGUGACAUUUAAGAACGGUGAGCCCAUAUUUGAAAUGAUAGCCCUUUCUGUGCUCCUGCUGUGUCUCUCUGUGUCAUCUUAAUGCUAUUUUGGAUCAGACUUAUUCCAAAAAUUCUUCAGAGAGACACAUUUGAUCAGCCACAAGAUAUAUUAUCUGAGAUUGAGAGGUUAUAAUCUUUGUUUUGCACUCUUCUUUUUACUUUGGUUUAAGGCUGACUCUUAUCUUUUUACACUGUCCUGAUCUUGGUGCUGUAAAAUGACAGCCUGUUUCCGUUGCGCCCUCUUGUUUUCACUCUGUAUCUCCCUGGGGUCAGACAUAGUGAACAAUAACAGAUGUUAGCUUUAUUGUUUAUUAUCCCCCCAAGUCAUUGCACAACAGUCACGGUUCAAGCGACUGUAGAAGGCCAGAUGUGAUUAAUAUUCCCCUCGUCAGAUCAGUGAAAUCAAACAGCUGGAUUAAUUUAAUAUUCCAGAGAUUAAAUCAUUUGACUUCAAAGCUGACUACAAAGUAACACAUCUAUUCGGAUAAACACCAUGAUGUCUAAAUUAACCACUCAGGUACCUCAGCCAAAGCCACAUGGUUGUCAUCAGUGGCGAUGAAAGAGAAAGCGUCUGAUGUCGUCGAGGUGCGUCUAGCAGAGGGGAACCUUCAGGUGCUGAGGAACCAAAAAGUUCUUCAUUUCAGCGAGCAGAGAUGGAUGGACCUGCAUGGUGAGAUCAUUUCCACACUCCUCCUCAUAAUUCUGGUGGGAGGACCAAGCUUUUAGACCAGCGAAGAAAUGCGUACUUUGAAAUUUAGUUAUCUGAUGCAAGGGAGUCCUCUUCGUCCUCGCCUAAGUAUUGCAUCCAUGUGUGGUCAAGGUUUACAGUUAAAAGAUAAUAGACUCUUCCUUUUUUCUGUGAGUACACCAACAAUUAAACUUGUUGUUUAAGUCAUGUUAUCUCAGUGAACAAUGACUUAUUUCAUGAGCAAACUGUGGCGAUUAGACUCCGCUGUGAUUUUGUCAUGUAUUUCACGAAAGUUGAUGUCACGAAAAGUGAUGCGAACUGACAACAGCAGAGAGGAGAAGAGAUUUCAAGCUUGUUGAGCAGCAGGAUAAUUGGUUGCUGCAAAAUCUGUUUUUUUUUAUACUUAAAAGAAUGAUAUGUGAUCAGCUGAUCAUGGUGGCAAGAAAAAAUAAAGAGCUUAAAGGGAUAUUCCGGCGUAAAAUUAAUUAAGGGUCAAACACACCAUAACACUGGGUUAGACACCCCCUCAAGAGAUGAAUGUUGCAGACCGCUUGCUUCUUUAGUUAUACCAACUUUAGUAACAACCACAGCAUAGCAAUACACAGCGGUCUGACUAGCCAUAAACAAACCUCAACCAAAAAGCCACUCUAUAGCCACAAAUAAUGCUCAGAACAGCACCUAACUUCAUCAACAGUACAUACAGGGUAGCCAUAGCACUAGCCAUCAAACGUCUUUUUAACUUUGCCUAAUUUAUUCAGCAAAGAGACUAAACACAACUCACCUACUCUCUUCCAGCAGUUGCUUGUUUGCAGCGAGACCUCAGGCUAGUCCAUUACAGACUGCUUACAGACAGCUCAAGAAACAACAUUUAUGAUCAUUUCUUCGUGAUUAAUAUGGUGAUUAUUACUUGAAGGAAAAGAUAAAGAAAUUAUCGUAAAUGUUCUUCUUUGAGCUGCAUCCCCCCACAGCAGUCUGUAAUAGACUGGCCUGGGGUCUUGCUGCAAACAAGCGGCUGCUGGAAGAGAGUAGGUGAGUUGUGUUUAGUCUCUUUGCUAAAGAAAUCAGACAGAUUUAAAAAGAUGUUUGGUGGCUAGUACUAUGGCUGGGACCCUGUAUGUACUGUUGAUGAAGUUAGGUGGUGUUCUGAGCAUUAUUUGUGGCUAUAGAGUGGCUUUCUGGUUGAGGUUUGUUUUGGCUCCUCAGACCGCUGUGUAUUGCUAUCCUGCGGUCGUUAAUAAAGUUGGUAAAACUAGAGAACCAAGCAGUCGGCAACAUUCAUCUCUUGAGGGGGUGUCUAACUCGGAGUUACAGUGUGUUUGACCCUAAAUUAAUUUUAUGCCGGAAUAUUCCUUUAAUACUUUGCUAGAGAGGAAACCCUUGUGGACAUUAGCCAGGGCCAAAGUAACUUUAUAGUUUAUCAUCUUGUAAGUGUGUAGCAGUAUAAAAGAGCAAGGCAAGUUUAUUUAGGUAGCAGAUUUCAACAACAAGCCAUUUCAGAGGCAUAAACACAGACAUAAGAAGAAUCGGUACAGAGAUCAGAAAACAAAAUGUUGGAAAAGCAGUAAAAGGCAACAUUUAAAAUCAUUUAAUUCAUGCAAAGACAACAUAUUAAAUUUUGAAAUUGAGAAGUUUGAUUAUUUUCUGUUCAUAUUAAGUGCUGAUCAAGUUGGAGGAGUGGCUUCGUACGGCCUCUGCUUCUGAGCAAAUAUAUCCAACCUUGCAUCGUCGACACCUUCAGCUGUGCUGGAUCUGUCGUACAACAUGACCACAAACUUCUCUAGGGUUUUCAGGUCUUCAUCAUCCAAUACAAGUGGGUAAUGGCUGAGUUUGCUGAAGACAGUGGAAGCCUCAUCACAAACAUUCCAGGUUUGCCAAGACGACUUCUUCCCUUUGCCACGGAAUGCUGAAGCAACAUCGCAACCAGUGAAUGCAUUGAAGAAGUGCAUCCCUUUGCUCUUUUCUGCAAGAGUGCCACACAGGUCAUGAACAGGAAUCCACUUCAGGUUCUGUCUUUGGCCAAAGGCAACCCACAACUGCUGCAGACCGAGGUUCUGAAGUGCCUGCAGAACACUCACUGCGAUGACAACAACAUCUGUGUCGUUGGCUUUGACCAUGAUGACCUUGCUGCCUGCUUCUGUGGCAUGCCUGGCAUGCACAAAGAUCUGGGUGUUUGCUUCUUCAUGACUGCAUGGUGCCACCCCAGCCAGAUUAAUAGUAAUGUUGUAAGAAAGUGUAUGUGCAAGUGGGAAGUGUUGCCUAAUAAUUAAGUGACAUGUAAUGCAGGCAGGUCAAUCAUUUUUCUUUUUUGGAUUUUUUUUACACUGACACAUUUUUUUCAGUCUCUCUCUCUCUCUCUCUCUCUCUCUCUCUCUCACACACACACACACACACACACACACACACACACACACACACACAUGCAUACACACCAGUGGCGAUUGCUUUAAGACUGCAAGGGAAGCUCAGCUUCCCUUAAAAUGUCACCCCCCCAAAAAAAGAAAAAGUGGUGAAAUACGUACGGCUGUGUGUACAUUUCAUUUACUAAAUACGCGCUAGAAAGCCUUCAUCUUUUGUUCAGAAACAGCUUCUUAUCACACUGUGAUAAGAAGCUGAUAAUCCCAGGUAACCGGUUCAACUUCGUUCUCAUUCAUCCUCGCAGCGCCUCAGCACUUCACACAGCCGGACGCUGGGCUUCUGCUGACUUCAAUGUGGAAGCUCAAAGUGGGUUGUUUCAGCAGCGAAACUAGAAGCUCAUUGGAUAAAUGCUGGGCUUUGUCCCGCUCAUCGGACGCUCAGCGUCUCUGGAGUUCUAUGACGAGAGGGCGGUCCCAACUUUCUCGCGGACGCUGAGCUUCUGCAUCCAUGAUUGGAUGAGCUGUCUGAGGCGAAAUCCUUUUUUGAUUGACAGCUAAACAAGCGAAUUAGCGAUCUUGAAGAAUAAAACAUCUACCAGAGCAUUUUCCAAGUUAUUCAUUCCGUUGUUCUUAACUGGUCCGGAGACUUUACCGAUGCUCAGUGACUUUUGUCUUUGUUAAAAACGACUGCCGUUGUGUUUGGCAACUCUGUUCUGUUACAUACAAAUAAACAAACACAAUUAUGAUGUAGGCCAGAAAAAUGAGCUUCCCCUCCUUGAAAGACCUGCAGUCGCCACUGACACACACACACACACACACACACACACACACACACACACACACACACACACACACACACACACACUAAACCUCUAACAACACUAAGAUAUGUGUUACCAACUAUUUUACCCAAGUCGAACAUAAUGUAAACCUCAUAAAUACCAGAAUAUUAGGAUUCUGGGACUGAAAUAUGGUACAAGGAAGCCAGUAAGUAAGUCCAUGUGUCCAAAUUUGGAUUCUGCAUAGUGGAAAAUGUAUGAUUUGACACCAAGUUCAUCCAAAUAGGACAAGUCUAUGGGAUUUUAUUGCAAAAUGCAAUAUUACUGUAUUUUCAACGGUGGCCAUCUUGAAAAAUGGCCGCCGUUUAAUUUUCAUUUGGCCAGACAGAAAUAUCAAAAGAGCAACUCCUAAGGAGUAUGAGUGCCAAUUUUGGUGCUUUUAUCCGCAAGUGAACGAUUCUCCUGUAAUAUGCUAUUAUCCGCCCUGCUAACAAAAGUUAGAAUCCUCCAUGCUUUUCUUUCCUUUUGAUUCAUAAACUUUUCUUGACGCACAUGAGUGACAACCACUUCCCCAGCUGCUGAGAAAAGAACAGUAAAAGAUGCGUGUUUUUGCUACUUACCGUUGACAUUGUCUGACCGUAUUGGCCGGUGUAUACAGUGCAGGUGAGUUGAAUGUGCCUAUAAGGGCGGGUCUCGUAUCUCUCGCCUCCUGUCCCGAAUGCUCGAUAGGCAGGCGCUCUUAUCCACUCUGCCAUUGGCCAGACCAGUUUGAAAAGGCGAUUUGUGGCCGUGUGAAGAGUGUGUAAAGCAGCGUGCCUGACACUCAGUAUGAUUUAAAUACACCACGAUGGGAAGUUCAGCCCUUUGAAUGCAGUCGCCGGCAGCGACAAAUAAUGACAGGGGCACUUUGACUACCGUAACUAUUGAACCAUUUGCCCUGGCAACGUAAUCCUGCCGGAUUCUGAAAGCUGACAACCGAAACUUAAUGCUGACAUAUCAUACAUUACGGUAGUGGCAGCAGCUUUCAACUGCUGCGCCAGAAAACGGGGUCAUUUUGGCAGUUUAUCUUUGUAUAUAUGAUCAGUAGCGGUUCUAGGCACGGGCGAACAGGGCAGCCGCCCGGGGCGGCAUUUGUGUCAUGACUCAUGGGGGGCGGCACGAGCACUUCCAAAAAAAUAAAAUAAAAGAUAAUAAUAAUAAAUCUUAACCGCAAAGCGGUUUUGUAUUAACUCUUGUUGUCAAAUUGGCGCCCCCCCCCCCCCCCGCUGCUGUAGGCGCCCCUGCUUGCUCCGAAGGUGCUGCACAGAGGCUGACAGACUGUAGGAGACGAGGCGGGGAGAGAGUCGCGGGGGGACAGCUCUGCUCUGUGUACGCAUGUCAGCAUAUCAGCGGGAGCGCGGAUACGUCAUUUUGUAGUUUUUUAAUCAUUUCUGGAGUCGCGGUGAAUGAAAUCACCGUACCCGUCUGCCUUUGAUAGGCGAAUAAAGCGCUCGGGUUCAUGCUCGGAUCUUGCUACGUGCUUGAUGAGCUUCAUGAGUAAAGUAAACAAUGACUGAGGCAGAGAGCAGCUUCAGAGGAGAAACAUCCAGCAGUGUGAACAACCUCUUCAUAUGGAGUGCUUUGGCUCACACUAUCAGCGUUUUCUCUGAGUGUUGCAUGACUUUGGGUGAGAACAGAGAUGAACACACUGUCAGCCACGUAUUUAUUUAUUCAUUUUUUAGUUUUUAGUUCUGCUUUUGUACUGGCACUAUACUGGGGCAGCUGUAUACCCUUUCAACACCUUAUUUUCUAUAUUUACAUUUGUAUUGAAUGGACACUUUGUCAUGACUGCCACUUGUUUUACAGAAAGCAAAUUAUUUGUCAUUCUCCAGUGCAGAGCCUCUACUUUUAUUUAUACAGCCGCUUUAUUUCAUUUGAGUUUGUUUGUUUAAGGUUUUCAAAAUGUGAUGAAGGUUCGCAAAACUAAAGGAGAGCUUUCUUGAAAGCCACGUGUUUAAGCUCUCAAAUACUUUUUGAAUUUUGUUUCUAUCUACUACAGAGGCCGAGAUAGCAACUUUUUUGUAAACCUUAACACUUCAGAAAACCUCAGGAUCUGGGGGCCCUUCUCAAAAUGGCCCUCAGGAUUGUGUUUUUUUCUAUUGAAGGAUUUCUGCAAUUGAGAAAUAUAUUAUUUUUGUUGUUAUAAUAAUAAUAAUACUACAUAGUAAUACAAAACUAUCUGUUCAAAAUUCUAUCUCUUUUUGUGUUUGUGUGUAUGUGUGUGUGUGUGUGUGUGUGUGUGUGUGUGGGGGGGGGGGGGGGGGGGGGGGGCACUUGGAGAGGUGCUCGCCCGGGGAGUAAUUUGGUCUAGAACCGCCACUGUAUAUGAUAUUUAUCCUUGUAUAUAUUAUAUGUAUUGUUGUAUAUCAUAGUAUUAGAGUUCAUUCAAUAACUUUUGAGUGUGGUUUUGCGCUGUUUUGUGGCUAAACUAAUCAACUUUCGGACAAAAGUUGGAAGAAAGAUGAGCUGUCAGCAGUUUGUGACUGCAAGGAAUAACAGGUGAAUAAGAAACCGCUACCAGCUUUCUAUUUGCACUGUUUGGAUGAACUUUUGGCAAUAAUAUGAACAGUUCCAGCCCAUGAGACUGAGUUUGUCAAAUAGAGUGGCAAUGCCUGACCUAAUGGUAUUUGAAUAGAGCCCAAUGAGAAUGUUGAGAGUUUAUGUUUUGUCCGUGAAAAUUGUGUGUGUUUUGAGUGUGUUCUGAAGGCAGGUGAGUCAAGAGGAGUAUUGUGAGGGCCUAUGCAUGUAGACGUGUAAAGUGCUGAAAAGCAAACCAAAAACAAUUGCCAGCCAAACGGCCUCAGGCUGGAAUCCACAUUUCCUGCCUCCGAGAACCGCCGCCAUUUUGGAUCGUGUGUGCAGUGCAGGUCGGUUGAUUGUGCUUGUGUACAACAGCGGGUCUCGAACCUCACGCCUCCUGUCCUGAAUCAGCCACUCAAGUAUACAAAUUUGAACACAAUCUGUUGUUUCCAGGUGUGUUUGUGUUCGCCCCAUCCCAGCAGAACGUGACCGUAAUCUUCCUCUCUGGUGCUGCUGUGGAGGUCUGUGUGCAUGAAGGAACCAUGGCAGCGACAGUCCUCCUUCCAACAGAGUUUACCAACCAAACCCAGGGUCUCCUUGGCCUGAUGAACUCUGACCCUUCAGAUGACCUGUUGACCUGGGUGGGAGAGGUCAUCCCUCCAGCUGAUGUCACCCCAGAGGAAAUCUUUACCUUUGGUGGUGGCUGUAAGUGUGUGAGACUUCCAAAGAGCUUCAGUCUGUCACAACAGUUCAGAAUCUUUCUGUGUUUAUAUAUAACUUCCAUAUUUGCGUCCCAUUUGGCUUGAAUUUGAACAAAAGUCCUUUGAGCACACAGGAAGUAAACAAGUCACUUGUUUGGGGUUGGAACAGCUGUAAUAGAUUCCAGAGAGAUAUCAGGGCAUGUGACCAUCCAGUGCAAGUACAACCUCAUCUCUGGAACACAAGUGAGGACCAGGCUGUAUACAUACAGGGCAGUUAAAUCCUUAACUAGGAACAGGUCUUUGUUGCUGAAUUUAUUUAGGGUUCUUGAAAUUGAGGCCUUUACCUGUACUGAGUAGGACAGCUGUUGUCUCAGUCUGUGGGGGACAUGAGGGAUUUCUUCACCAGUACCUGUGUCUCUAUGAAAUUAAAAACUUUGCACUCUUAAACAUUUUCUUCCUGUGAUAGCCACAUAAAGUUCUGGUGCAUAAAAUGUGGUUUUUUUUAAUCAGUAAAUAAAAAAACUCUUAAGUUUCACAUUUUUACUGUUUUGUUGUAUUUUGAUUAACAGGGAACAUCUCAAAGGCAUCCUCCCUUUUCACCUAUGACUCCAAGUAUCUUCUGGAUAACUACUAUUUCCCACCGAGUCUGGAUCCCGCUUUUGUUCCUGCCUUUUCUCUCCCUGAGAGACCUGAUGACCCUCUGGUGGCAGAUAUGUUGAUGAUGUGCUUUGGAGAGGGGGCAGAGUUCUGUAAAUAUGACACCCUGACGACUCGGAGCCUUGCAGUGGGAAACGCCACUCUCAGAGUCUACCAGAAUUACCAGGCCCGAAUGGAAGCCCUGGAGCCAGGUACGGUGGAAAUCCCUGACAUUUAUUUGUUGUUUUUUUACAGCUGCAGACAAAAACAUGUUGCUGUAUUUGUCUGUUUUGUUUCUGGUGUUGCCUAAGAGUAACAAUAGACAUUUUUGCUCAUUGUAUUCUUAUAACAGUUUGGUCUGUCUUUAUAAAAGAAUCGCAUGCUUGAAAAUUCAAUCAUCAUGUCCUAGAAGAAAGAGCUGGUGAGUGUGUGGCUGUAAAACCCCUGAAAUAUCGUGCAACUUGGAAGCUUUAUGGGGAGAAAUGACUGAUUUUAAAAGUAGCUUGUGUUCAUAAAUCUGCUUGUCAUAUAAAAAAGAUUGCUUGUAGUUAAGAAAAGAAAAUGGUUCAAGUAGUUUGUUUUUUGUCUUCUGUUUUUCUUUGCAUCAGUGUCAUCCUGUGGCUGGCUUCCCACCCCCAGGAAUGGAGAGAAAAAUGGGACACAUUACUUGGAGGAUGACAUGCUAAGCUUUUCCUGUAUAGAUGGUUACAUACUGUACGGUUCAACAGAGCGCACCUGUCUGCAUGAUGGGACCUGGACAGGAGAGAGACCCCACUGUUUAAGAGGUACGUGACGGAGAAUUGUAACCAGCAACAGUGAUUGUAGGUCAACUAUAACGUGGAGACAGGCUGCUCAGCUCUGAAAAUGAGCUCUGACAUCGUCUAUGCCUGUCGGGUGGUGUUUUCCCCCUGCCGUCCAGAUAUGUUCAGCUCCGCUUUUCAAAACAACAAGGUGCUGAGUCUCAAGGCCUUAUCAGAGAGGCCAUAAACCAAUACUACGUGCCCCAUAAAAAAACAGACUCCAGAGAAGCUCUCCUUGUUGAUACAGCAACAUAUUUUUUGAUACUAGAGCUUAAGAAGCAAAUGCAAUGAUUCAUGAACUGUGCUGUGCUUGAAUGCAGUCUGAAAAGAACAACUGAAGACCAACUUUAUAUUUAUUUUUUUGUGCAAAGACAGAUUAGUGUUCAGUCAUUUUUCUGUUUUGAGAACCUUCACAUGUAUGUACACCCCUAUGGUGGUGACCGCAAAAUGAAGAAAAGCAUGAAUGUCACCCUGACUUGAGUUUUCCAGAAGUUACCAUCUGCAUAUUUGUACUCUCCUCCUUUUAUCCUCUUGUGAAACAGUUUGGCUGAACAUACUAGUAAGAGUUCAGUUCCUUACUCACUGAGAUGGGUAACUCCUCAUGUGUUUUAUAUUCAGCAUGAUUGGCAGCAUCCUCCAAUGAAAACUAAAAGCGACCAUGAGAAAGCUCCUUUUCUCAUCCUGGCUCUCAGUGAAAGACAGGGUUCAAUAGACUCUGCGCUCAUGCAGACCAUUAGUUGCAAAGCCAUAAACUUCUGAUCCCGUAUUGGCUCGGCUUUCUGUUUAUAAAUCAGAAGCACCUGGGUCUCUGAUGGUCUCUUUCAUCAUCCCAAAAGUGGGCUCUCAGGUUGUUGAUGCAAUUACCAGCUGUUGCCCUUGGGUGGCAGUGUUUUCCAUUACAUUGUUUUUGAAUAGUGGUUCAUGACGAAGCAAUUGUGAGCCUCUUGGAUUUUGAAAACCUUAAAAACAAACAGGCCAAAGCUCAGUUAUUCAUCCAUAGAGCAAGAUUAGUGGGAAAAGGAUCACGAGUUAAAUUAAUUCUAUUAACAUUAAAGGUCAAGUUCUAUGAAGAUUCUUACCCAGGAAGUCCGUUCUGGUCAAUCGCUCAAUAGUUAAUUUUUUUGUCAUACUAAUCAAACCCAAUUCAAGUGUUUUACAGCAACUGAUGGAUAAAAUAAGAAAACAGCAAAACUGAUGGUAAAACUAACUUAACACGAUAGCAUGAAAACAUGAGUGCUAAGAAGGUGCGGCAGAAUUUACACAUUGAAGUUUAUUACCGUAAGAACAACAACCUUUCAGGUCUGUGGGGUCUGCCUACAUGAACUUAAAAGCAUUCAAAGAAACAGAAUAUGCUAAGUGUCAGUUUAUACAGUAAGAUUCCUUGUUACUAUAGUAACAUUAGAGCCUUUUCAAAGUGUCUGUUUCAAUAAUACAUAUAAUACAACAGGUUGAAACACAGUAUGAUUCAUGUAGGUCAUAUUUGUGUCAUAAACAACAACAUUACAUACAAAGACAACAUGAUAGGAUGUGACACAAUACAAUAUGGUAUGAUGAGGUAUAAUGCAAUACUAUACAGUACAAUAUGAUGAGAUAUGAUACUUCUGCAGAAGGUGAUACACAUAUUACAAUAGAAAGAACAAGGGCAGCAACUAGCCUUUACAUCAAAAUAUGACCAUGCUCUUCUAUACUCUUGUAACUUGUGAUCUACUGGAAGUAGCAUACGCCUCUCUUCAAAUCAAAAGCACAAUUUAAAACAGGAAAUGAAGCAAACUAAAGGCAAGAGAGUAAAAAGGUCAAAAUAAAAGCAUCUCAGACCAUUAUUUUAUUAGGAGAUCUCAAGAGAAGUUGCUCUCAUGGCACUGUUGAUGCUGAUAAAACAUAACUUUAUACGAUAUUAGACGAGUUGACGCUACAUGAUAUGAAAUGCUAAGAUACAAUGCGAUGCAAUUCAACACACAUAUUCUGCCUAAUAUAAUAUGCCUUUAUAACAUUUACGGCAGUGUAAGGAAAGUAGACGUACUGUCCAUCACUCACCUUUGACCCUUAACCAGUGAGGAGGAGCUAAAAGAGUCAUAGCAUAUGCUCUUAGGUUUGGGGUGUCAUGGGAGUGUGGGGGCCUGGGGGAGCAAAAUGAGGCAGCCUCUUAACUUAUAAUCUAACUCCACAUCCAUCCCUCCAUGUGGCUUCACCCCCAUCCUCCAUCUUUUCCUUGUUAGAGCUGCAAACAACACUUCCUCUUGAUAGUAAUCAGGGACGAAUAGACUUCGUAUGUCAGAUUUAGUAACAACCGACUAGGUCACAGCUGGACACAAUAGAUCCUGACUCCUCCUGCAGGCAAACACAUUAGUUCCCUGACUUUUUAUCCGGUGCAGGGCUGUUUGGAAAUGUUCUUCAUUAAGCUUUGUUUGUUAUAAAUAACCCAGUAUACUUCUAAUCAGGACUGUUGAUCUUUUUUUAAUUGCCUUACUUAUCUCACUUUAUGUGCAGACUCAUUUUAACAAACUUUCUUGACAGAUAUGAUGCAACAAGACAGAAUCCUUAUAUAAAGUAUGUGACUGUGAUAAAUAUAGUCCCAUUGACACAUGCAUGUCACAUUUUCUCACUUGUAAACAUGCGUGUAUGGAUGAACACAGAACCAGAGCAGGACCUAUGCACGGUACAAACACAAACCUCGGCAGUUUUAUCUAUAUAACAGAGAUCGCACUCGCUCUCACACUCUCAUUAGACAAAUCAGAGCCAACAACUGUCAACAUGACCUGAGGUGAACAGUGGCAGGUGUCACAUGAGCUGUUACCUACGCCAUUCAAAUGUGACCUCUAGCCAUGUAAACAACACUAAACACAGAGCGAGCAGGAGACGCCCUGACAGACACCCCCCCCACCCCCCUCUUUAUGUGAAUCACCACGGCGCAAUGGAGGCUCAGCACUCAGAGAACUGUAGUCAUUGUUAAGAUGAAACGGCAUGCCGCCAAACAACAAAUGCCACCACAUCCAGUUUGACUUCUUCUCUGAGUCACCCUAAUGAGCCGCUUUUGAAGUGGUGCCUGUCAGCAGAGGUGAGACUAAGUCCUUCCAGUCAAAAAUGAAUCUCUGUGUGAAUAUCUCCCAUCAGUGAAGGCCCCACCUAUUUGAAAUGGAUUAUAACCUGCUGCCCUACUUGUCAAUGUGUGUUUUAUCCUCUUUAGACAGGGGUGUGGCGAAUUUGGAUGAUCGAUGUCAGUAUCUUUGGCUGAAGCGCAGAAAUACAGAGUCCUUGAAGUGUGUUUGAUCGGAGCAGAAACAGGGCCGUGGCCAGGAGAGGGAGGACUUUAAGGUUAUGGAGUUUAUUAGCUUGGCUGCUCUUUGUCCCACUCCUCUGAAAAACAAGCUGUGUAUCCAGGGCUAUUGUUUGCAAACCUAUGAAAGGAUCACCGCCGUCUUGAUGGUUGUGUAAGAUUAAUAGACUUCCUCAUACAAGGAGAAAAAAGUGAUUAAAGGAAAGGUGACAGCUGCCAGAGAGGGAAAGAGCUGUUUGUACGGGAAAGUGUGUUGCAAGACCAAGCCUCACUCAAUUUUCCAGCAGUGUUUUUUUUUUUUUUCUAAGAUGCCCCUGAGAGCGAGGAGUCUAGAAAAAUUAAGUUUGCUUAGAAGAGGGAGUUGUUGAAAUGCCAACACUUCAUUGUCUGCAUCUGGCAGUUUCUGUCCUGGGAAUGUUUUAAUCCACACUCCUUGACAAUUUUACGAAAAAUCUGUCUUCACAAGUAGCUCCCACUCUUUCAGUCAUGAUGUUAAACUGCCUGCUUGGUUCUUUUUUAUAUUUGAGUGAGAGCAUUGAAAGAAAACAUCCAUCUCAGUCCAGCAAAGUUUUUCUUAAAAGUUUAAGCAGCUGAUUUGCCCCUCAAAGCAUUCUGGGAGAUUGAGUUGACUGUUCAACAUAAGGGAGGGAAAUGUUAGAAAUGAAAUUUUCGUUCACAUGAAGAAAGCCAAUCAGGCACAACAGUAAACUAACUAAAGCUGGCAUCUUAUUCACAGCUUCUGACCAGGAAGGUUAUGGAAACAAAGUCCUGAUCUAAUAUCAUGAUUUAUCAGAUCUGUGCAGGAUCAUCUUCAAGAGCCUACAGACUUCUUAAAACUCUUGAAAUUGUUAAACCUUCAUUCUCUAAAAAUACAAAAACUGUUAGAGCUCAUGUCAAUAAAAGUGCAUCAGGGCACAGCUCUCAGGUAAGGUAGCGCACUUUUCUUUCCAAGUUUGAUGUCGGCAAGUUAUAACACUGCUGGGAUUUGCAUCUCAUUAAAACAGAUCUAUCUGACUGAAAGUGUGUUUCAACUGAUGACUCAGCUGUUUUGAGUCCAAAAAGAUGACAAGAAAACAGGCUGUGGCUGUGACUGGUCGUCAAAGUACCUACUGUUACUCCUGACAAUCUGUACUUAAAUCAUAGCUGGACUAAUGCUUAGUUAAUUCAAUGAUAAAUACAUUUAAACCUUCACAAUAAAAGUCCCUUAUUGAUUUGUCAUUAAAGUACCUUUAUUCUGAAACACCUAAUCAGGAGUGGUGAGGACAAAAACUAAGAUUCAUAGUAGGAUCAGUUGUCUACUAGGACAAGAAGUAUUUUUCAUAUAGUUUGAGGUUAUUUGUAACUUUGAGGUCUAGAGUGUGCAAAUGUUUUAGUCUGACCUCUGCUCAUUCUUGCCUCUUCACAGCACUCAGCUAUUUUUAUGUCUGAUCUCUAUUUUAUUUUUAUGAGGGUUGUCUUAAAGUAACAUUCUCGUUGGCUGGACCGUAUUUACUUCCAAGUAAGUCAAAACAUUUUAGGGGGAUUGAUCAAUUACAGUUACACAAUGAUUUGCCAUGACUUGACAUUCAGAGGCAUACACACCUGGCAUAAGGGUUCGAGGACCACAACAAACCCACAUCUGCACCUCCAGAGGGAGUUAAAUCUUUUGCCGUCAUUGAAGUUGAAAAAGCAGGUUCUAUUUAUUUCUACCUGGCCUGGUAGUUUUUGAGUGUGUCAAGGAAAUUUCAUGCUGGUUAAGUUUAUACAUGAAGCGUUUUAAUGUCUGGAGUUUACCAUUUUACACGUGGUUCAAAUUCCGAGAAUACUUGCACCCAUCACAUUAAGUCAGUCAGCCGGGGAGAUUCACAUAUCAGAUGACAACAGAAGCUCAGCACUGAAACGCACACACUGUUACCAAGGAGAAGAAAAUCAACAGGAUUAUUUGAAGAUGAUAUCACCAUCGUCAAAAAGACUCAUCGCUAUUUUACAUUGAUAAGCGUGUGUCUCAGGGGUGUGUGGACGUGUUGAGGUUAUGAAAACAGACUUGGAUUUCUGAUUGGUAUCACCUGUUUGUAGUUCCUCCAGGAGAAACACCAGGAGGGAACAAUGGUGAGCUAAGGUUUUUUAGAAGUUGAGAGGAUUCUUCAUACAUUUUUGAUUUUUAUUGUAAUUGUCUAGUCCUAAAGUGACUCCUAGCUUUCCUCAGCACCGCUUUAGCAACAAGAACCCAUCCACUGAAAGUGCUUAUUUUGCCGCUGGCAGGCUGGAUUUGUCAAUUCGAAGAAGUACUAGAGAGGAAGACCAUUUUAUAGAGUGGCUAAGAGGCUUUUCUUGUUUUCUUCAAGACAACAGACUGCUACUUUCAACUACACACAAGUUUUUACCUAUCACUGCUUCCAUUGGUUAGUUUGUUUCUGCUCCCUUGCUCACCUGGCCAAAAGCUAUGGUGGCCUUUAAGGACAAAAGGGCCCCGGUGAUGCAUGAGAAGUAUGGCCCUUUUUCGGUUAUUUGCCAUCGAAGAUUUCUUUAAGUGUUGAGAGUGUUUGCAUGGAAUUGAUAAAGCAUUAGCUGUUCCCUUAUUGGCUAAAUGCUAUCUCUGGACAGUGGCAUUUUCAUAUAGCACUCCAUGUAUUUCACAGCUCCCAGAAGUAAACUUAACAAGUGACUGGUUUUGUCGCUCCUUCUACAGAAGACUUAACACUUACAAUAAAACACAAUACAAGAACUUUGUUGAUCUUCAAAGGGAGAUUAGUUUGUCUGGAAUUCUGAAUCUCUCUGUCCUGCAUGGAAAAGAGAGGAGCUGUCCACUGUUGUCAUUGUUUUUUUUUUAAACAGGAUGUUGAGUCUGUCUCCUAGUGAUUGUUUCAUGGAGAACAUCACACAGAACUUCAGCCGUUGCCUUAGGUGGAAUGUAUACAAGUAUUGUUAUGAUAUGACUGAACUCCCUUGGAGCAUAAGAUGGCCCAAGAGCAACUGCCACCAGUUCAAUAUUUGGACUUCAUAUCAUGUUUGCCGUGAAUAUAAUAAAAAUUGAUACGUGGUUGUAAUCAACUGAUAAAAGACCCUGGAGCUUUCCUUUUUGAUCACUGCAAGUGAAGUUCAGGGGUGUAAUGAUGUAGCUUUUGGGCCUCACCAGAAGCAAAAGAGCGAAAAAAUGUGAAGCUUCUUGACUUUCUCUCUUCUAUAUGCUUCUGCUACAUUAUACUCCAGGCAACUUGUCAUUGAUCCCAGUGCUGCUGAAUCCAAGGACGUGUGUCGCGUAACUGAUUAGUUUCGAAACUUCAGGGAGUAUUUGUACACAUAGGUAUGCGUUUCACCGUGACUCAGCAAGCAUAUACACCAAAUGAUGGAUUUUGAAGGACUAACACCUGCAGUGCGUACCUGACAAACACAAACCAAACUUGUCAUAUGUCCCAGACUGACUGUAUUGUGUCUGUACCCUUGCCUGCCUUGAAAAGAAAAAUGAACCUCCUGGCUGAGCAUGCUGUAUGAAAGGGAAGUCAAAUAGAUUAAAAAGGGUCCACUGAACUUGCCAAGGCCUGAGGAAAGUUUCAGAUGCUCUUAUUUGAUCACAAUAUCUAAUCAAGUUCAAACAAUGUCAAAGGAGAGCUCUGGGAAAAUCUAUCAAAUGAAGACUUUUUCAUUCCACCAAGCAGUUAUAAUAAUUAAAAAUUUUGGAGCCAGUGUAUUAUUUUAUUUUGUUUGAUCCCCUCUGUAAUUAUAAAAAACAGAACCAUAGCUUUGCUGAUAUAAUGGCAGAACACAAUGGGCUUUUGUUAGAAGGCUGUGCUUGACCAGCAUUUGAAAUAAUAAGUUUUGUUCUCCACUGGUGCAAAAUAGACUCAUAAGCCUGUCUCAGCUGCAUUGAUUCUGAGAGUGAUAUUCCUUGUAUACCAUUACUGGGAGACAGCCAUGUUAAAUGAAAUGUGGAUUGGCUCUCUGACUCAGGAGGUUCUUCUUACAUUGAUGCAAAAAUAGGACAGCUGUCCUACUAUUCUUACUGGAUUGACCCAUCGUCCCAAUUUGGUUAUAAAGUCUCUUUAAGUCUCUUCCAGUACUUAAACUGUAACCAUGAUAUCAAACAGCUGUAAAAUCACAGUCAUGGACCUACGCUGUGGCUUCAUUGUUCAUAAUCAGCCCUUAAUUGUUCCAGCAGGUCUUUGUUCAUCAAUCCUUCAUUAACUAAAUAAAGCAGGGUGAGUUCGCAUUGUUCUUUACAGCCACACCCUGCAAUCUGCUCCACCUGCUCCACCCAUCCUUCCCAUGGAGCGUCAGUCCAUCCUCCACUGUUAGAUGCAAAGCUGUUCUUCUAGCCACCUUCAUGAAUUGACUUUUCCUCUUAAGUUUACCUCAUUUUUGCUUUUAUCAUCAAUGGGCCACUACUUGCAUUUUGAUUCCAAAUAACUAGCUGUGGGGAAGGUCAAUACUAUUUGCUGAUAACAGGGUCUAAUCCUGUGUUGUGAUUUUCACAGAUGAUAAGGUGGGGUUUGUACUUGGCGCCAUUGGUUCCCUCUCAGCACUGGUCACCAUGGGAAUAAUGGUCACUCUGCACACCAGGAAGCAGGAAAGGUAGGUUCAAACAAAACUCAUAAAAAAAAUAGUUCUUCCACUUAUAUUGUUUGACAUGUCCGUCCGUCCAUCCACCCACCACCCAUCUGGGAUUUGAGGGCUCCGAGCUAAACAUGUUGAUCAAGCAAGGUUUCCCAGCUCUUCCUGGAGGAUUCAGGAAAUGUGUGGGUCAGAAUGGAUCGAUAAAAGCUCAAAUGUAAAGGGACAUUAUGAGACAGAUCAAGAAUAAAAGGAUGAAGGGUCCAUUGUUUAUUAAAACAUACAGCUAUCAUCAUGAAUAACCAGAGGUGAUGUCUGGUUAUAUGUCUUCAUAGUAAUAUUCCAUAUCUUAAAAAAGCUAUUGAACCUCUGAAACAGGGCCUUGGAUUCAGAUUUGAUAUAUGGUAAACUUCGAGUCUGUCCUUGGGUGUCCUCUCAGUUGAACAUGGCAAGAAAACCUCCACAGGGGGGCACUCAGGGGGCAUCAUUAUCAGAGAGAAGCGAGAGAUCUUGACCCUUGAAGUUUGAGCCAAAAUACGCUUAGGAGGGGGAAUCUUUUCUUGACACUUGUGUCCAUGAUCUCAUCUUUUCUGUUACUACCUAAAGCUUCACACCCACACUCUAGUCUCACCCUGAAGGGCUUUCACUAUCACUAUAAGGGGCCACAUUUUAGGUAUGGUAUGGUAUGGUAUGGUAUGGUAUGGUAUGGUAUGGUAUGGUAUGGUACGGUAUGGUAUGGUAUGGUAUGGUACGGUACUGUAUGGUAUAGUAUGGUAUCUUAUUGUAUCGUAUCUUAAUUUAUCGUAUCCUCUUGUAUCGUAUCUUAUGGUAUGGUAUGGUAUGGUAUGGUAUGGUAUGGUAUGGUAUGGUAUCGUAUCAUGUAUUCUUCAGUAAUAUAUGAAGAUAAUGUGUUAUAAAAAUGUCUUUCCUUAUAAAGUAUGUGUGGGAAUAGAAAUGAGUUACUCAGACCAAUACUGUUUUUGAACCAGCCUGUAAACAUGUUUGGUUGAAUAAACGUGUAUGUGGCGUCCGGUGCUUCUGCAGCCAGUUUCAAGUGUGCACUUGGGUAACUGCAGUUUUUAAUACUUCUAAUUUCUUUAUGAAUACGCUCCCAUAUUAACUACUUAAGUGAAUCACAAAAGCCAUCAAGUAUUUCCUUUCUCCUCACGUCUUCCUGACUUUUGUAUUCUAAUUUCCUGGUAAGCAGAGAACUUUGAUGUCGGUAUCUGUCAUAGGUAUCCACUAUCAACACCCAUAUAUCUUCUAUGCUGUUUUUCAAAUCGAUAGAUGAGAUGUCAGAGAAGGAGGCACUUAUUUUGAAAACCAGCGCAUAGCUAGAGGUCAUCUCCCCCUCCCACUUCCUCCCAACAAUCAAAACCUUUUUCCUGUGCCAAGAAGACCAAGAAACACGAAGCAGUGAGUCCCACCUGCAGUCUGAGAUAUCCUGCAGCCUUUGAGGUUUUACACAUAAAUCCUCCUUUUUGAUCUGAUCAAACCAAAUAAAACUUUUCACCCUGUGGGAUCGUGCUCAUGACUCCAGUCCAGAGAAACAAGAGGCUAACUCCUCAACAGCUCCUGGGCGUACACGAGCAAAUUAAAGGCUUGUUUUAUGGACUCAGAUACUUCAUCUGGGCUUUCCCCUGCCAUAAUUCCAGCAAAGGGGGGAAAAAAAGGUUCAUGUCAGGAGUCAAGACCCACCUACAACUCCCAGCAGCAUUUGGGGCUGGCAGGCGAUGAAGCUACUAUCUUUUAAGAUGUGGGAGCAAGAAGGGAGCACACCUGCCCUUUCUUGAAGCCUUGAUCAUGGGAGGCCAGGUGUAAAAAGAGAUGAAGAGUGUCAGAGGUCUGCAGAUGUUGGAGAGGUGAGGUCACACACACACAGCGUUGCCGGUGCACAUGCUAACAGAGGAGACCCAGGUCACACAGAGCCAGGAAACAUAGCGUGCACACAGUAGCUCCAAGAAUCAAACUUAUGCAUACCUUGAGUUUUAGUGGUCACACACACACACACACACACACACACACACACACACACACACACACACACACACACACACACACACACACACACACACACACACACACACACACACACAGUCCCUUACCAACAAGCACAGACACAUUGAUUUCUUCCAACAUCAGACACACAGCAGGAUGGGAGUACCAGGGGUCGUGCUGUAUUUCACAUCAUGUUUAGAUUGCGUGUCUGGAGGAAAGAAGCUGUCAUACUAUACGACUCUGAGUGUCUGCGUGUCUGACUACGUGUUUGUGUGCGACAGGUAGAUCGCAAAGGCCUCCUGUGCUUCAGUUCCCCUUGUUUGGGACUCAGACCUGCUCGGGUACUUUCCACAUCUAGGGUUACCCAGCAGGUUACAACAGGUCCGCUGGCAGCUCACCACAGGAGCUAGAAAGUCGUUACACCAUAAGAAGAGUGUAUUUGUGUGUGUACCAUCAUCUCUGCUCCACUUCUGCUAUAUGACACAUCAAAAAGGGUGGAGGGGGGCUUUGUCUGAACCUGGCUGGGGGCUCAAAAUUAUUUGAAGGAGGGAGAGGGGAAGCGCUUCAGCAAAGCGAGAUGAAACAAAUGUUAAGACCUUCUGGUGUUUUGCUCUUCUCUAUUAUAUCAGAUUAAAACAUCAGAAAUGCAGGAAAUCACGACUUUUUUAACACACUUUGGAGCUGAUAUCAAACACAGCAGUUGAUGAGUUAUCUCAGCCUCUUGGUCUAUCUCUGUCAGAUCUUCUUCUGGGGGCAGUGGUCAUCUUUUCAGGACUUUAAGCGUAGUCAGUGGACAGUGACAAAGGACUUUCCGUCAAGGCGUUCUUUGACAUACUCUGCCUUUGUUUACAGCUCAAUAAACAACUUGCCAGCUGAUUUCGCAAGUGAACAUCUCAUCGAAGAUGUUAAAUGAAACUUAAACCAUGAAUGUGGCUAAGGAUUGGGGGUUAAAAUCAACAGCAUUCGAUACGAUACAAUACCAUACCAUGUUGCACUGAAACCAAACAGCUCCAGUCUGAAAUGAUCUUUUCAUUGGCUGAUAAGCUGCACAGAAUAAAGAAAAUGGAAUAAGAAGUUUUAUUCUGAAAAACAGUAGGAAGGCUUGGUUUAACUGCUCUUUAACUGCCAUGUCCUCGUUCUGAAAGCGCCCUUAAUGGGUGAAUGAGUUUAAUAAAGCUCCAUUAAUAAGAGCAAUAAAGUUUAGAGUGGUCCCUGCCCUGAUGCAAGGUCAUCGAACAAUGUUUCUACGACCAGUUUGGAUGAAGCCAAUGUUUCCUAUUACUUCACUCACACUGCUCUCAUCCAGCAGAGGCACACACAGUCUGAGUGUGUGCUGAAAGAACUAGACGUUCAUUAGUAGUAGUGGUUUUGUAAAAUAGUGUUUUUUUUUGUGGUUUUAGUUGGUUAUUCUUUAAAUCACAAGUUGUUUUAAUCACUUAGUAUGUUUACAUGCACAGCUAAGUUGAGCUAAAAUCGACGUCGCUCAAUUAGGUGAUUUAAUUGGACUUCAGUCCUUUUCACAAUUAACACACACCAGGCAAGAAUCUAACCAUUGACAGAACCAUGUCUGCCUCCGCUACAGUAGGUGGAGUCAUGCCCCCUUUUCAGCCCUUCUCCUGGUUGACGUACUACAUCUCGAACCAAAACAAUCGACAAACAUGUUAGCCAGAGGGUUAUUUGUCGAAUGAUAUAAACAUGAACAACUUUGCAGUUCUGUACUUCUUGUUUAUAUGAAGAAGCAGCGUUUGUCUUUUAUAUGUAUAGAGGUUUUGUUUAAUGAUGCACUUAAGCUGUUGAAGUCCUGUAGCGUGUGCAGAACGCUGAGGCUAGUUUCAGUCCAUCUGAGAAAUCCUAUCCUGAGCUGCUUUAUUCAAAUACGUUAGUCCACCUAUAAGAAGUUUGAUUUAGUGCAGUUUCAGUCAGACUAAUAUGUUUAUGUUUGCCUAAAAAGUCCAGUUUCAGUCAAAACAACACAAUAAAUUGAUUUUUUGAGCAAUAUGUAAGCACACUGACUCUUUUUCUGUUUGUUUGUUUUUUCAGGGAGAAACACAAGAAAUUGGAUCAGAAAGAAACCCAAGAACACACCUGCUAAACAGAGUUUUCUGGAAUGAUGGAUCACACCAACGUCACACCAAACCCUCUAACUGUGUUCAAGGACAGCAAACAAUUAAUAAAAAGCAUAGCAUUUAGAAUUCACAUGCUGAUGGUCAUCUUUUGACCUGUCGACCUGAUCAGGAGAACCUCAGGCACACACACUGAGCCUUCAGCGGGUUGUUGGGCCUCGUGUUUCUCCUCUUGUUUAGUUUGGAGAACCUCCAGGCUGUGGCGAAUGGUGCACGGGUUGCAGAUUGAGAGCAUUGAAGUUGAAACAAAAAUGCCAUGGUUGUUUUUGUAUUCCUGUUUUGCAUGACUGAUUGUCCUAUCUCCGCUAGAGAGAGGAUUGUAUAAAUACUACAUAGAGAUAUCAUCAUCACAAUCAACACUCCCUUCUCCUGUGCUGUUGAAAAUGGGAGCAGAUGUGUUCAUGUCGGGCGGGAAGUGAACCUGAUCAUUUUUUGGUUGAAAGACUUUGAACUCAUGUUCAGCAUUUGUGUGGGCUCACAGCUUUCAGUCAGACAAAGAGUUUUGUUGAGAGACUGAGCGAGAAAAAAAACACAAAUGUUACAUAGAGGUCAUCUCUUUGCACUAUAUCAACACUUACCUUCUUUUCACAUAUCUGUAAGUGAAGACACCAACUGAUUGAAUAAAUCUCUAAAUGUUGCCUUUUGAGAUUAAUGAGGGGAUCAAAAUUAAAAAUGAAGGCUCAUCCUCUUUUCUGUGAAGCAGAUGUUUGUCGUCUCACACAGCCCCAUGCCCCAUCAGACAGACCAUCAUCUCAUAUUACCCCGGCGGUCUUCCCCUCUGUGAACCUGACUCUCCUCUUCUUCUCAAAAACAAAGUCCCUUGGGGGGUAGAGGAAACAGUAUGACAGGGUCCUGUGCGGCUGAUCCCUGGGAGUGAUAGGAGGGGGUCCAGCUGUGGAAGAAGAAGGGUUCUUGUUUGGAGACUAAUUGAAAUAACCUGGUGUGCUGGACACGGCAGGCUUUGAAGUUUCACUGCAGCAUGUGAACACAGUUUUCUGCUGUUGUGCAAUAUUCGGUCUCUUACAGGCUCCUUCUGACUGGUUGUUGUUGCUGCUCAGUCGAGCCUGGGGGAUUCUUGGGGCUCUAUUGUUUUUGUAUAUACUACAUGUGUCUGUAUGAUCUGCUGGCAGCAACCCCCAGUACUGAAAACUGAAGGGGUGCUGAAAUACU